AUGUACGACGAUAUCCUGAGAUUACCUCUUCCAGAGGGAGCAUCCAUCGUGGGUUUUGCAGACGACAUAGCGAUAACUAUCGUGGCGAAAACUCUAGAGGGAAUUACCGCUACUGCAAAUAAAACCACCGACAUGAUCAAGAGGUGGUUGCGGUCAGUGGAUUUAGAGCUGGCGGAAGAGAAAACAGAAGCGGUAUUAAUCUCUUCGAGGAAGAAAAUUGAGAAAGUGACUAUCCAAGUCGGAGACACGAGAAUACAGUCUCAAGAACCAAUAAAAUACCUAGGAGUGAUGAUAGACUGCAGACACUCGUUUCAACGUUAUUUGCAGUACACGGCCGAAAAGGCAGCGAAGGUAGCAAAGUCGUUGACGUGCUUACUGCUAAACUUGCGCGGCCCUAGGCAAGCCCGUAGGAAGCUGAUCGCAGAUGUGGUAACGGCGACAAUAAUGUAUGGCUCUUCUGUGUGGAACAACGCUUUCGUUAUCCCGUCAUACACGAGGGACAUACAAGCAGCAUACAGGCUAUGCGCUCUAAGGGUGUGCGCCGGAUAUCGGACGGUGUCGGAGGACGCGGCCCUGGUUAUCGCUGGUAUGAUGCCAAUCGAUCUGCGUGGUAAAGAAGGUCUGUAUAGAGCCGAAUUUCGCAGACUGCCAGCUGAAGCGGCUAAGCAGCGAGUAAAACAGCGUCUGUUGUACGAGUGGCAGGAGCGCUGGAGCAGAGCAG